UUGGGGGGAAAAAACACACACACAAAAUCCAGCAACUCAGCAUUCAUGAGCAACUCUGUUCUAUACCAGUAUGUGCCUGUGCAGUGGAAGGAAAGCAAUUUUGGAAAUAUAUCCCGGACAGUUCCAGCCAUCUCUGUGUCACAGAUUCAUAGCUUUGUCAGAUAAGGAAGGAAAACUACUUCGAAACUAUACUCAAAAUAUAGAUACCUUGGAGCAGGUUGCAGGAAUCCAAAGGAUCAUUCAGUGUCAUGGUUCAUUUGCAACAGCAUCAUGCUUGAUUUGUAAAUACAAAGUUGAUUGUGAAGCUGUUCGCGGAGAUAUUUUUAAUCAGGUAGUUCCUCGGUGUCCAAGGUGCCCAGCUGAUGAGCCACUUGCUAUCAUGAAGCCAGAGAUUGUUUUCUUUGGUGAAAAUUUACCAGAACAGUUUCAUAGAGCCAUGAAGUAUGACAAAGAUGAAGUUGACCUCCUCAUUGUUAUUGGGUCUUCUCUGAAAGUAAGACCAGUAGCACUGAUUCCAAGUUCCAUACCCCAUGAAGUGCCUCAAAUAUUAAUAAAUAGGGAACCUUUGCCUCAUCUGCAUUUUGAUGUAGAGCUUCUUGGAGACUGCGAUGUUAUAAUAAAUGAGUUGUGUCAUAGGUUAGGUGGCGAAUAUGCCAAACUUUGUUGUAACCCUGUAAAGCUUUUAGAAAUUACCGAAAAACCUCCACGAACACAAAAGGAAUUGGUUCAUUUAUCAGAAUUGCCACCAACACCUCUUCAUAUUUCGGAAGACUCAAGUUCACCUGGAAGAACUGUACCACAAGAUUCUUCUGUGACUGCUACACUUGUAGACAAAGCAACAAAGAACAAAGCUGAUGAUUUAGAAGUAUCUGAAGCAAAAGGUUGCAUGGGAGAAAAAUCACAAGAAGUACAGACUUGUAAGAAUGUUGAGAGCAUUAAUGUGGAAAAUCCAGAUUUCAAGGCUGUUGGUUCUAGUACAGGAGACAAAAAUGAAAGAACUUCAGUUGCAGAAACAGUAAGAAAAUGCUGGCCCAACAGACUUGCAAAGGAGCAGAUUAGUAAGCGGCUUGAUGGUAACCAGUACCUGUUUGUACCACCAAAUCGUUACAUAUUCCAUGGCGCUGAGGUAUACUCAGACUCUGAAGACGAUGUCUUGUCCUCUAGUUCCUGUGGCAGUAACAGUGACAGUGGCACAUGCCAGAGUCCAAGUUUAGAAGAACCCAUGGAAGAUGAAAGUGAAAUUGAAGAGUUCUACAAUGGCUUGGAAGAUGAUACGGAUAGACCUGAAGGUGCUGGAGUAUCAGGAUUUGGAGCGGAUGGAGGGGCUGAAGUAGUAGUUAAUGAAACUAUAGCCACGAGGCAGGAAGUAACAGAUGUAAACUACCCAUCAGAUAAAUCAUAACGCUUUUGCAGUUGUCCAGGUACAGGAAUUGCUCCACCAGCAUUGGGAACUUCGCAUGUCAAAAAUGAAUGUUUACUUGUGAACUUGAACAAGGAAAUCAGAUGUAAUAUUUAUAGACUGGAAAAUAGGUUGUCUUCUCUUGGGUGAUUUUUAAAGUUCCAUCAUUUCUGUACUUGUACAUCCAACACUAACAUUUUUAAAGGUACUAGGUAUCUUUAAUCAGCUGUUAGUUGAAUUUGUUUUCCUUUAAAGGUUCAUUUGUAUGAUAUAACCAUAUGUAUAUAUAAUUUUGUUUUUGCCUAGUUGAGUGUCAACAUUUUAAAGUUUUCAAAAAGCCAUUGGAAUGUUAAUGUAAAGGGAACAGCUUAUCUAGACCAAAGAAUGGUAUUUCACACUUUUGUUUGUAACAGUGAAUACUUUGAAAUCCUGAAUUUCUGUUCUGCUGAACUUUUACUUUUAGCAGUUACCUUUUUAAACACUGGCAUUUUCCAAAACUUGUGGCAGCUAACUUUGUAAAAUCAGAUGACUUGUGAGAAAGAAGUCAGCAUGUGGGGGGCACUCACAAUUUGGUGCAGAAUUUGAAGUGUAUUUAUUAUUUAAGAUGGUUUUUGUACUUGCUGCAGACAUGUGGUAAUGUCCAAACAGGCCCCUAAGAUUAACCUUAUAAAUGAUUUGGAAAUGUUUCAGUUGCUCUAGAAACAAUAGUGCCUGUCUAUAGGUCCCCUUAGUUUGAAUAUUUGCCAUUGUUUAAUUAAAUACCUAUCACUGUGGUAGAGCUUGCAUAGAUCUUCACCACAAGUAUUAAACUGCCAAGAUGUGAAUAUGCAAAGCCUUUCUUUCUGAAUCUAAUAAUGGUACUGGGGAGAGUGUAAUAUUUUGGACUGCUGUUUUUCCAUUGAUGAAGAAAGCAAUAUGCCUCUUAAUUAAAAGUUCCAAAGUCAUAAGAUAAACUGUAACUCAACCAGAAAGUACAUUGUUUCCUGUUGAGAGGAUUUGGUGUAAUGUAUCCCAAAGUGUUAGCCUGUAUUAUGGAGAUGAAUACAAAUCCAAUAGUUAAUGAAACUAGUCCUUAUUUAUUUAAAAGCUUAGCUUGCCUUAAAACUAGAGAUCCAUUUUUUCUGAACUGCAGAAGCUUUUAGCCUUUCAAACAGUUCACACCUCAAAAAAAAAAAAAAAAAAAAAAAAAGUAUUUAUUUUACAGGUUUCUUUGGACCAUUACCCCCAAAUUUAUUCAUGUGCUGGUUGGUUUAGUAUUUUUAAAAAAAGGGUUUGAAAUAUAGCUGUUCUUUAUGCAGAAAAUACCCAGUUAGGACUGUUACUGCCAGAGGAGAAAACAAUUAAGUGGCUCAUUUCCCUACCUAAAGAUCUCUCAAUCUGGAUUUAUUUGGCUAAAGAAUGCAGUAUAUUUAGUUUUUCAUUUGCAUGAUGUGUUUGUGCUAUAGACAAUAUUUUAAAUUGAAAAAUUUGUUUUAAAUUAUUUUUACAGUGAAGACUGUUUCCAGCUCUUUUUAUAUUGUACAUAGACUUUUAUGUAAUCUGGCAUAUGUUUUGUAGACUGUUUAAUGACUGGAUUAUCUUCCUCCAACUUUUGAAAUACAAAAGCAGUGUUUUAUACUUGUAUCUUGUUUUAAAGUCUUAUAUUAAAAUUGUCGUUUGACUCCCCC